AUGUUUCCUUAUAUUGAUAAUAUUCAUGGAAAAUGGCAUUUUAAUGAAAUACGAGCUAUAUUUUCAAGAGGAUAUCUUUUACAAGAUAAAGCAUUAGAAAUAUUUGUUUCAAAUAGAAGUAUGAGUUAAAUAGAUAAUUUUUCUUAAGUGCAUUUAAAAUUAUACUUUAGACUAUAAAACUUAUAAAUAAUAUCAUUUUUCAUUUGAGCAAGAAAUUAUUCAUCCUUACUUCUAUAAUAAAUAGAUUUUUGGAGGUUUUUUUUGAAUAGUUCAAUUUUGAUAGUUCCAAUAACAUUGAAGAUGAAAUGAACUUGAUUCAUAUCCAUAGGAAUCCUUUCUUACCUUUGGUAGAACCUGAAAUUUGUUCAAGCAUGUCAAUUUAGUAAUCCUUAAUAUAUAUAGAUAAUAUGGUAAAUUAGAUUUAUUGGUCUUGCUAUGAAAUUCUCUUGCGAAAAACCU